AUGCCAACCAUUUUGUUGAGAAUUUUCCUCCUCUACAACCUAUUUAAUUCACUCAUCCUCAUCUUGGUUCCCAAGAAGCUUAGAAUCUACCUCCCCCCUUCUUGGUACCCACAAAAAAUCACUCUUGUGGACACCAAACCUCUCCUCUCAUCGUCUCCUUCUUCGUGUUUUCCUUUGUUGCCACCCUCACCGUUGGCUCGGAUUCCACGUAAAAUGGACUCAGACGAGCUUAGACGGGUCUUUCAAAUUUUUGAUAGAAACGAGGAUGGCCGGAUCACGAAGAAGGAACUGAACGACUCAUUGGAGAAUAUGGGUAUCUUCAUCCCUGAUAAAGAACUCACCCAAAUGAUCGAGAGAAUCGACGUUAAUGGAGACGGGUGUGUGGAUAUUGAUGAAUUUGGGGUAUUAUACCAAUCAAUAAUGGUGGAGCGAGACGAGGAUGAGGAUAUGAAGGAGGCUUUCAAUGUGUUUGAUCAAAAUGGUGAUGGGUUAAUCAGCGUGGAUGAGUUGAAAUCGGUUUUGUCAUCGCUCGGGAUUAAGCAAGGGAGGAGUGCUGAAGAUUGCAAGAGGAUGAUAGUGAACGUGGAUGUGGAUGGAGAUGGAAUGGUCAAUUAUAAUGAGUUCAAGCAAAUGAUGGGAGGGAGUGGUCUUGCUGCUUCGA